CCCAACACGAGAGCCGUCGCCACGCACGUCACCCGCGACGAACCCGACCUCGUACUUCACAAUCCGCGCAACGCGACCCUAUUUUAUAUCUAGUUAGUGACUGUUCGAUACAGCGCAGUGAAUGAUACGCAUUGGAACUCAUUAGUGAAAUGGAAUAGGUAUUUGGCGAAUUGGAUCUGGUGAAAAUAAACACAUCGCAGAGUCAUAGACGCGCAAGCGCGUUUCACGCGGACAUGACGAAAGCAGCCAUCUUGGUAGAGGACGCACUUUCGCCUCGCCCCAGCUUCUGUCUUUGAAAAGAAUAAUAGAGAUUGACUGUCGGGGGCGCGGAAUGUGCUGCUGGCGAAGCUUCGCAACGGGCGAACUUUGAGGCCCGUGCCGCGCGGCUAUCGAUCGGUGGCGUCAUGGCGCUCGUAGAGUGAAUGCGGACAUCGGGACCGCGCUGCAGCCCCCGCAGAAUAGCGCGUGCGGUCAGUGAUAGUGUGAGAGUGGUCGCGCGGCAUGUGAGACAGAGUGUCGUCGUGGUUGGGAGGGCGCGCGGGCGCCGGCGGGCCCGGCUGACCGCGCGCCAUGGGCGAGGAUUACGCGCGCUCCCCGUGCGAGCGCUUCCCGGCGGCGGGCGCGUUCAGCGUGGCGCCGCCGGAGCGCCUCAGCCCGCCGCCGCCCGCGCCGCUGCCGGACCGGUUCUCGGCGUCCCCCAGGCGUGUGCGCCGCUGUGCCGAGGCGGAGCGCGCGCGCCGGCCUCGCUACGUGCCCCCGGCGGCUCACGUGCCCGUCGAGCGGUACGUGCCCAGGCCGCCGGCGCCGCUGCGGCCUCCGCCACCGGUGUACUGCGGGCUGGCGUGCCGGCCGCCGGCGCCUCGCAAGUGUUGCGGCCCAGCAUGUCGCGAGGACAUCGCGGGCUCUCCACCGCCCACACGUUACGUGGAGUACGUAGGAGCCGCAGCAGCGCGCCGCUUGGCCUGCACGCCGCCGCCACCGCCACCACCCGCGCUUCAGCUGCCCUGCGAACCGCAAGAACCACCGUGCUGCGUGCAGGCUCGCAGAAGACCGCAGCCACCACAUGAUUGGCGCGCGAGCGCAGGUCUGCUGGCGCCGCAGUUGACCUGCCAGUCCUCGUCCACCACCACCGCCCCAUCGGCACCAUCCCUCCCCGCGCCCGCGUCGCCUCCCCGCGUCGUCUCCGCCCCGCCCGCGCCUCUCGCCCAGCCCCCGCCGGAUUCCGUACCCCAACCUGACCAAGAAGAUGGCGUCAGAUUACGACGAGCCCACACAGUGCGGGACUACCUUAAAAGAGAGACGAAGACUUUUUUCGGAGUGCAGAAGGAUAAUGAGAAGGAACAAAAGAGGUUAUGGCAUGAAAGGCGGAGACGACACGCGGCGCGGGCGCUCGGCGAUCUCCGGCUCGAUUUGCCGCCCGAUCAUCACCCCGAUGAUGAUGAUGUUAGUAUGUACGGAGCGUCGGGUGCUGCCCCCAGGGAGGCCCGGGGGCGGGUGCGUGAGCGGCCCGACGUGCUACCAGCGCCGGCGUCGCUGGAGCCGGCGCUGCGGUCCCUGCCUGGCAAGGACAGCGUCGCGCGGCUCACCGUCACUGGGAUCUCUUAUGUUGUUACGGCUGUGACGAGAAGGUCUCGGCAGUCGAUCUCGGCGCAUUGGUCGCGGUCGUUCCGGGGGAGCGCGACGACGCCGGCAGACGACGCCGAAGUCGAUGACGUGUUCUUCUCGCCGCCGACUUCGACGCCGCUGACGUUGCACCAUGAUGAUGGUGAUGCAACCGACGGACCUAAAGGGGCUCGUUCCCCGAUCGGUUCCAGCGGCGUGGAGUACAGAAGACCAGAGAGAAACGUAUCUUGGAGUGCGGGCGGGUCCCGGAUUCAGUCGCCUCUGUUGGAGCCCCUUGCUGACAACUCCAAUAGGAGGCAGUGGGGCACUGGACCCGUCGGCAGAUUCUUUCAGCGUUCCCUUCAUUCGGUGACGUCACAGGAAGAAGUGCCGCGUCAGCAAGACGAGUACACGGACUACCGGCCGUACUUCACGUGGUGGGUCAGCACGGUGCAGACCCUGGUGUUGCUACUCUCACUUCUGUGUUAUGGCUUCGGUCCCGUCGGUUUCGGCCGAUAUACACACGCCGGCCAAGUGCUGGUCAAAACUUUAAGUUUACAACAGGUUGAAUGGGAGGAGCCAGCGUCUUUUUGGCUGGGUCCUCGGGCGGCGGACCUGAUACACUUAGGGGCAAAAUUUGCCCCUUGCAUGAGGAGGGACGCAAGGAUAGCGCGCGCCAUCGCCGCUCUCGCCAGAAGAGAGCGGGACACCGCGUGCUGCAUACGAAAUGAUGACUCGGGCUGUGUGCAGUCUUCUAAGGCUGAUUGUUCGAUAAGAGGUUUAGUAGCAAAGAACACAAUAUCAACUUGGAAGAAGUGGUCUUCCGGCGAAUCGGGACCUGGCGGUCGGAUAUCAGGGUCUGUUUGUGGAUUAGAUCCCAAAUUUUGCGAAGCGCCUCGAUCGAUAGCGCCGCACGAGUGGCCAGACGACAUAACAAAAUGGCCGAUCUGCCGCAAGUCCGUGAUAGACGGGUCGGCGGCGGCGGGGCGCGCGGGGCACGCGGCGGAGCACAUGGCUUGCGAGGUCAUCGGACACCCCUGCUGUAUAGGAAUUCAUGGCCAGUGCGUCAUCACCACUAGGGAGCACUGCGAUUUUGUUAAGGGUUAUUUUCAUGAAGAAGCGUCACUGUGUUCUCAGGUCUCGUGCCUUGACGAUGUUUGCGGCAUGCUACCAUUCAUGAAGAGACGUCGUCCAGACCAACUGUAUCGAGUGUGGACGUCUUUAUUCGUGCAUGCUGGUCUCUUACACCUGGCUGUAACGUUGGCUCUUCAGUGGUUGUUUAUGAGGGAUCUAGAAAAAAUGGCUGGACCAGUCCGGAUUGCCUUUAUAUACCUUGGGAGCGGCGUGGCUGGAAACAUGGCGUCUGCUAUAUUCGAACCAUAUAGAGCUGAGGUGGGACCUGCAGGAUCACAUUUUGGUCUGCUAGCUUGUUUGAUAGUAGAAAUACUAGCAAUAUGGCCAAAACUGAGGCAUCCGCAACGUGUACUGAUGAAAAUGAUCGGUAUCGCAUUCGCUCUCUUUCUGGCCGGCUUCCUGCCGUGGGUGGACAACUUUGCGCAAGUGUUUGGGUUCGCUUUUGGAUUUCUGUUAUCGUACGCCCUGCUACCGUUUGUGACAAUUGGGAGGUAUGAGCGACAGAGAAAAAAAGUGUUAGUGUGGGUGUGUUUAGUAUCAGCGAUGGUGAUGUUGGGGGCCCUGGUGUCUAUCUUUUAUGCGGCUCCGGCGUAUGAAUGUACAGCCUGCGCGUAUUUCACCUGUUUGCCGUUCGCGCCGGACAUGUGCGCGUCGCAGGACGUGCGCGUGCGGCAGCUGGACGGGGUAUGACGGCGCGCGGCCCGGGCGCCCCCGCCGCCGCGACCCCGCCCCGCGCCCCCCGCGACCCCCGUCUGCCCCGCCCGCCGCCAAGCGCACCGCGCCGCCGCCGCCGCCGCCGCUUGAAGAAAGCAAGCACGACCAUCUAAUCAUCAACGCUGCGAACUACGUACGUUUAGUGUUACGUUUAUAUCUUCAAAGUUGAAAAUGUUUAUAAUGUAUAUUCAUCAUAUUCGUAUCGAGUCGAGGGUUUAGAUAUUUAUAUUUUGUACAUUCCGAAGUGCCCAGGUUGGUCAACUAAUAAUCAUUGUAAGGAAGGAAAAUUGAAAAGAUUUUAUGAAAUUUAAACAAAUUUGACAGUUCUAUCCGGUCUUCAUAUUGUUUUCAGUAUCCCUUAAUAUUUAUAUUUGAAAAACUUCAUAAAUAACAUCAUUUUCACUAACUUUGGCUGAGAAAAAAAGAAUUUGUCCAAAUUUACAUUCACAAAAACUAUAUUACACAAAAUCAUUUCGAACUAGGUAAGUACCUAUAUAUAGAUUUUUGUCAUGAUAUGUGUAUUCUAACUCCAUUAAGCAGAUACCUAUAUUAAUAUACUUUUACAUGUGUAAGAUUUUAAAAUUAUUCUUCGCUCAAAAUUGGCAACAUAACGAAAAAACCACUUAAGAAAAUUGUUAAUGUUUAUAUCAGUCAAGCUGCACUAAAUGCUGAUCAUCCGUUAUGAGGUUACCUAAAUAACCAUCAUAACAUAUCUACUCAAGUACCUGUUAAAUAAACCUGCACUCAAUACACAUUACAAAAUUCGUAAUUAUACUCUAUAAAAUAGAACUUGAGUCCUAUGACACAUGUCAAAUAGUAUGAAAAUAAUACAUCAGUCUGUCGUUGCCUUUAUUUCGAAUCUAUCGGUUCAUCCAUCUGUCAUAGGACUCAAGUUAUAUUAGAUAAAAUACAAUUAAUGUAAAAAAAACUCUCUGUCCAUAGAGGGCGUUGCCGGUUGCUUACCACCAGGUUAUACUAAUAAAUAUUUGCCUACUAUGCUAUAAAAGUACCUAUGUCACAUAAAGAAGAUCCCCGAAAGAAUAAUUUCAAAAAAUGGAUUAAGUAUCCUGUUUCUCAUAAUGGACGAUUGAUUUUGUGAAAUAUACAUUAUAAAUUGACGUGAAAAUCUUUGAGGGAUGUGCUAACAAAUUAUUAGGUAGGUAUUACGUCUGCUUAAUGAUUUCUUAUAUUCUUAUAAUUUUGUGUAACAGUUUUAUUAAUUUGAAAUGUUGCCAACUUGUUUAUCAGCAGUCAGUAUUUUGAAUGUGUAAAAUGCACUUUCGGUACAAAUUUGUUUUUUUUAUAAAAUCUUUAUAGCACAAAGACACCACAUAUAAACAAAGCAGUAAAAAGGUUUUUUUAUUGGAAAUUGAAAAUUAAGAUAUUUAUUUUUUCUUCUACAAUUGAUAAUGAUAUCCACAGAUUAAAUUAUAGUAUCGAAUUAAAGUGCCUCAAUAAUUCAGUUCACGUUUUAUGAAAUCAUGACAAAGAAAAACACAUGUUUUUCAUUAGGUUACCUAUUGAAUUAUCAAUUUAAAAGAUUUUACUGCUAUGUAGUUUGCCUAUUGGUAAAUAAUAAAUAAAUAAUACCAAAGGUCGAGGUCAGAUUAUUCAUGACACUUAUUUUUUUAAAUUACAUGACCUAUAAACUAAUUGCCUCAUAUGUGAUGGAGUGUGUCUGACUAUAAUGUCAACUUAGCAAAAUGAGUACUAGUCAUAAAAAAAGUACAAUGUGAAAUUUGGAAAUUAAAUUCUCGAACGUUUACAAUUCGUUCACGUCUUAAUCACCUUCACACUAGAAAUAAAACCAACCUUAAAACUCGUGUGAAAAUAAGUAAAUUUAAGUGAUAUGAAUUUAUUAAAGCAGUCGCUCUACAUUUUGCGAAGUGCAUAUUAUAUGUCAGAUCCGAUGGAGAUAAUCAACGGGUCUUGCGGAUCGGAUUAUACACCAUAAUGUAAAUAAUCUGUAAAUUAUAAUUAUGUACUUAUGAGCUGUAUUAAGUGUGGCUAUAUUUGUGUGCGUGAGUUACGGGACUAGUUUUGUACAACGCAAUGAAUUGUGAUAUUGAUAAUCUGGAAAAUAGGAUGCGCAAAAGUUAGUCAUUACAGAAUAAGAAAUACUUAUAUUUCUGAACCAUAAAUUAUGCAUCUUACAUAUUAAGUUGCACAUUACAAAUAUUAUUAAAUUAUAGAUCAACUUUUUUAUUUAAAUUUUUUCGCUGAGAAUUUUAGUUUUUAGUAUUCAAUUCAGUAAAAAAAAAUUGUUUUGUUACUUAACUAAAACUAGAAUUUGUUAUUUUAUUUUAAGAAAAAUACACUCGUAAAAUUUGAAAUACCUAGUUGUACAGACGUGUUCCCGUAUGGUGUCAAAUAAACAUAAUUUAGUAUAUUACUAAAUAAUGUAAAUAUAGUUAUUAUAUAUGUUAAACGAAAUAUUUGAUAUUUUCAUCAAUUUUGUUCACCGCAUAUAAAAUUAUCGUUUUAAGUAUUUGUACAUCACUUUGGUAAAUUUAAUUUUGUCACAUUUAGGACGGAAAUAUGUGAAAAGCCAUAAAUACGCCAAAUAUGCUAUUCUUUUACUAAGGUUAUGUAUUUAAAUUGUUUAUGCUUGGUGAAGGAUAAGUAAAUCAAGUAAUUGUUUAUAGUUUUUUUAUUAAAAAAAAAUAGUAGUCAAGCUAGUUUCCAUAAGAUCACAUAUUCAAUCAUUUUGACCUUUCUUAAUUUAUAUCCAUUUCAAGAGAAUUGUUGUGACCAAAUUUUCACAAAUUGUUGAAAGUGUAACUUAUGAGUGAGUCGCCAUAUAAAACAAUUUUUUUAUGAGACAUAAAUCUCCUAAAAAUUGUUUUAUAUGGCGUUAAGAAUAUUUAUUUUCACAUAUUUCUGAUCACCUUUAAAGUUAUUGACUUAUAGGUCUGUAUAUCAUUUUUAAAUAUGCUAGUGAUAUUAAAUACAAUUAUAAUUAGAAAUAUUUAUUUUAAUACCAACCAAAAUAGAUUAUUCGAGCGAUUGUCUUCUUUCAUACAACGUAAUUAUUUGUAAUUAAAUUAGUCGAAUUGAUUAAUCUUUUUUUAACGUAUAUUAAAAACUUGAUUUUAAAGACAAUGUGUGAUGACUUAUUACAUAAUGUAUAAACUACUGUUGGAUAACAAUUUAAAAAGAAAAUAAACAAAUUAAUAUUGGUUUUAAAAGUGAAGGCAAUAAGUAUUUAUAAUUUGUUUAGGUAACUUUAGCCCAAAUAGUUUGCUUUGGCAACAUGAUUGCCUAAAAACGAACCAAAAAGCAAAAGCAGACAUCAAUUUUAAAUCGAUUUGAAUAUUAAAAUAUUAUUCUUAAUUCACGGAGUCUCAAUGACACAAAAAUUUUCAAUUGUUAUAAUUGCAACGUCUGUAGACGUGGCGUUGAGUGUGCCGAAUAGUAUUAAAACACAAAAGGCGAGAUUUCUAAUGCUUAUAUUUGAUGGCACGAUUUUUUCUUCUUCAGGUAUUCCAAAAUCAUACUUCAUUACGAAUAAACGAAAUCGAAUUUAUUUGUGAAAAAAAUGGGAUAAAGUAACUUUUCCUCAGAAAUAAGUUUGAAAAGCUAUUAAAGUAGGUAGUAUUUUUUCAUAUGAGUACAUUUAUUUAAGAACUUUUAUAUGUAUAACUGUUUAACAAAUGAGGAUAAAAUUAUAAUUUCGAUAAAUAAUGACGAUCCUGCCUGAUGUAAAGAGUCUUCUUAUGUAUAACAACUAAUGAAUUUGGGAACACAUACUUUGUUGCUUGUUAUACACAUAUAAGAUUCAGAAAAGAACACUGCCUGUAAGUAUUAACCAGUCACGUUAAGUGUAAUCAUUUACAAACACAUUAAUUGAUCAAUCUCUUUGCAUCUAGUGUAUUUAGAGUUUAAAUUAUCAUACGUAUUGUUUUAACAGAUAUAUACGAAACUUGACGAUUUUAUUUUCUUGGAUAUUCAACCAAAACAUGAAUUAUCUUAUCCAGUAUACGUAUAAGUAUCCUAUCGACAUGUAAUAGAUAAAAUUUGACAGAGGUAUAGUACUUACACAUCCGUCAUUACGUUAGGGACAUUCUCAAGUUGAAAUUUUCCACGUCACUUAGUGCGGAACUAACAAGGAUCUUGAUAAGAUUGAUGACUGUCAAGUUUUGUACAUAUCUGAUGGAGAUCUCAUUCGCAGUGAGUAUGAAUGUGAAGUGAUAAUGUACCCACACAAAUCCACUGCUUACUUUCUUACCAGCGAUACAAAGUGCUCUUGCGGCCGGCGGCGGUCGGCGGACUGUUUCACAUUAACUCUAAGACAAACUUACAUAUUGUACAUUGUGAACAUACACCUAAUUGAUAUAUUAAUCAUAAGCAAAUGGUAAAGUAAUCUUAUUGUAAUCUAGUAUUAUUCGAACAAGAAACCUUAUUAUCAUAA